AUGGCAAUCCAUAUUGAAGGGAAAUGGACACCCCUUGACAAGCUGGUGGAGAUCACAUUAUAUGACUGUUGGAGCUGCCUGUCUCUUCCGACACUUGAGCACCUACCACAUCUUCGGAAUCUUGUGUUAUGGAAUAUGCAGAACUUGACAUGCUUAAGGAGUUCGAAUGUUACUGGAUCAAGCAAGCCUUUGUCUCCAUCAUUGAGAUCGCUCCAACUAUCUUUUUUGGAAAAGUGGAUAGUUGGAGCACCCAACAGCUCAAAAAUGAUAUCGCCUGUCCUCGAGACAUUGGAGAUCAAGUAUUGCCCAAAGAUAAUUCUCUUAGAUGAAUGCCAUCCCCAUCCUCUUGUGUCCUUGAAGAUCCAGAACUGCUAUGGUCUGGAGUACAUUAAGAGCAUACAAGGACUUACAUCUCUUGAAUCUUUACAUAUCGAUAAUUGCCCUAGUCUUUUAGGAAUAGGCAAUUUUUCUGGUGAUAAUUACCCGGCAUCAGAAACGAACAUGGCAAUCGAUAUCCAAAGGAAAUGGGCGCCCCUUGACAAGCUGGUGGAGAUCAGAUUAGAUGGAUGUAAGAGCUGCCUCUCUCUUCCAACGCUCGAGUACCUACCACAUCUUCGGGAUCUUGUGUUGGAGAAAAUGGACAGCUUAACAUUCUUAAGGAGUUCCGAUGUUACUGGAUCAACAAGGCCUUUGUCUCCAUCGUUGAGAUCGCUCAAACUAGAAUAUAUGUACAGCCUGGAAAAGUGGAUAGAUGGAGCAACCAACUGCUCAAAAAUGAUAUCGCCUGUCCUCCAGAGCUUGUCCAUUUGGAGGUGCCCAAAGAUUAUUCUCAUAGAUGAAUGUCCUCUUGUUUCCUUAGAGAUUAGUGACUGCAAUGGUCUGGUGUCCAUUAAGAGCAUACAAGGACUUACUUCUCUUGAAUCUUUAUCUAUCUGGAGGUGCCCUAGUCUUUUAGAAAUAGCCAAUUUACCCAACGAGUGUCAUUCUUUGAAGACUUUGGAAAUUACCGACUGUGGCAAACUGACUUCCCUGCCUCAUGAAUUGUUUGACAGUUUUGGCUUCUUAAAUGAGUUGGAACUUGGUCCGUUCUCAAAGGAGCUGGAUUCUUUCCCGAGUCUCCAAGGCAUUGAGAAGUUAAGGAACCACCUUCAUGAGUUAACGUUGUACGGUGUGGAUCAGUGGGAGUCGAUACCUGAAGAAAUACAACACCUCACCUCACUGACUCGGCUACGCAUAGUUGGAUUCGGAAUACAAGAACUGCCCAUGUGGUUAGCCAGCAUGUCAUCUAUCCAAAAAUUGGAGUUCCAUAAUUGCAAGGGGCUAAAUGAAGAAACAGUUAGACGGGGAGCACCACUGGAAGCAACUGUUGUCAAACUAAAUAAUGAAGUGUUAAUUAAUUAG